CAGGAGUGGAGCCACGGGGGUGAAACCGCGCGGAGCAGCUAGUUUAUUGUACCUGCGAUGACACAACUUUCGUUAUUCAUUUACUUACGUAUUAUAUUCGUCAUUAAUAUUUUCCAAAUUACAACGGAUUCAUUGGGAUUUCUAACUCGUAACUACCUACCUUGAAUGAUUCUUUCUGUAGUCUUAUUUUACUCUUUUGAUUUUUGUCUGUCGCGUGCGUGUUGCACAUUUGAAUAUUUAUAGCUUGAAACAAGGCUUGAAAUCGUGUUUUUGACACCAUUCAUUAAUGAUAACUGCGUCGUUUUUAUGCGGGUAAUCUGCUAAAUGAGUGAUGUAUACCAACGAGCGAAGGAACGGAUACCGCCGAGGCGACAGAGGUCUAUUUGUCAGGUGCAUUACAACCUGCGUCCGCGCACCGACGAGAUGACGGCCAAACCGCUCAUCCCGCCAACAGCAUCUGUGGAGCUGCAGAAGUACAGCCAGCAAGUCGCAGGCCACAAGGGAACUGAUAGCGAUACUAAAUAUUUGGGUCUACUCCAAUGCAACGAUGGAACAGUCCUCAAACCAAUACUCAAGGAAUGCCAGCAACGUGAAGUAGACUUCUACAAGACCGUCUUCUCUUCCCUUGACGAGGAUCUGGUAGAACUGCGGAAGUAUGUGCCGAAGUUCUUCGGAAGUAAGAAGUUUACGUACAAUGGCUUCGAGCAGGAGUAUAUUAUCAUGGAGGAUCUUACAGUUGGCAUGCUGGAGUCGUGUAUCAUGGAUGUUAAGAUUGGCAAGCGUACCUGGGACCCAUUCGCGUCCGAAGACAAAAUAGCCCGCGAACGCAGCAAAUACGCGGCUUGCAAAUCUCAGUGGGGUUUCUGUAUCCCCGGGUACCGCGUGCGGCGGCUGGACAGCGGCCGCCUGCUGCGGUACGGGAAGGACGCGGGGAAGAGACUGCGCGGGCACAUGGUCACCGCCGCUAUAAAAAACUACCUCAACGGUCUCGGGGCCCGUCUAUGCCGUGCGCUGAUCCUGCAAUUCCUUUCGUCUCUAUGGGCGCUUCAGAAAUGGGCCGCGAGACAAACGGCCGUGAAGUUAUAUUCAGCUUCCUUGUUGCUGGCGUAUGAUGCUGCUAAACUCAGGGAGUGCUGUGGGGAUGUGGCUACCGGAUCGAGAAUAAAAUGCCGCCCAUCAGAACCGAUAGGGCGCCGCAAAUCCAUCCAUUCAAUAAGCCCCGUAGCAGGUUCCAACUUCAGCGGACAGAUCUCAUCCAAGGGCCCCGUUUACAAGAAACUAAGCUCUGUUCCCCUAAGCCCCAUGAACAGCAGAACCACCUUCUCACCCCCACCGCCCAUAACCUCACCCUGGACGGAAGCCCUGGACAAACUGAACCAUAACCACUCCUUCGAGAACAACUAUGAAGAUAAAUUGUGUAAAAUAAAGAUGAAUUAUCGAGCUCAAUUGGACCAAUUAUCUCAAGAGACGCCAGCGCCUAAUCCGUGGGGAACGGUCAAAGUGAUUGACUUUGCUCAUGCGUUCUUUAAUGAAGAGGAAAAAUCAGUGGAUUACAAUUUUAAAGAAGGUUUGGAUAACUUUGUUAGUAUAUUUGAAAAUCUGUUGAGAGAAACGGACGAUCAGGUUUUUUGAUUGUUCAUUUGUUGCUGAAGUAUUAUUAUUUAAGUGUUAUGAAUUGUUAGUUUUUGAUAGAAAUGUAUUAAAGAAUACAAAAUUAAAGUUAA